AUGCUCUUCACGGCCGCCGCGAGGCUGCUCCUCGCGGGCGCAACGCUCUUCACGGCUGCGAGCGCCCACAACAUCGCCCUGCCCGCCCACGGCCGUGAAUGCUUCCACGAGACGCUUCACCGAGACGACAAGAUGACGGUGACUUUCCAGGUUGGCGACCGAGAAUUUGGCAGUGCCGGAAACCUUGACAUCGACUUUUGGAUCACGAACCCGACGGGACAGUAUGAGACUUUCGAGAAGUCAGUGUCCAACGGCGACUUUUCCUUCAACGCCAAGGUCGAUGGCAGGCAUACCUACUGCUUCGGAAAUGAGCACUGGGGUGCCAACUCCAAGGAGGUUUCCUUCAAUGUCCACGGAAUUGUAUACGUCAACGAAGAGGACCUUCCCUCUGAUCCCCUCGAGAAAGAAGUCCGCAAACUCUCCGAUCUCCUGAACCAGGUCAAAGACGAACAAUCCUACAUCAUCGUGCGCGAGCGAACCCACCGCAACACCGCUGAGAGCACCAACAGCCGUGUCAAGUGGUGGAACAUGUUUGUCAUCGGCGUUGUCAUCGGCGAGUCGCUCUUCCAGGUCUGGUGGCUCCGCCGAUUCUUCGAGGUCAAGCGAGUCGUAUGA